AUGACCAGUACCACCACUACCAGCGUUACCGAUUUCGACUUCCAUCAUCACUCUCUCGAGCCCUUUCCUCUCUUCGUCGAUUCUGCGCCGCCCAAUUCGGCCAACUAUUUCUCCUCGCCUAUGGCCAUGGCAGCUAUUCAGUUACUUGCCUCAUCCAGUUCCUCCCAUAUCCGCAAACCACGCGUCUCAAUGCCGGUAAAAGUUUCCAAUUACCUUCGAUUACGCUACUACCAAUAUGAGGUUACCUUUGGUCUCUAUGUUAUGACACGGGCCGAAAAGUUCGUCUUCAACACCAUCAUUCUCACCAUAUUCGCCGCCUUGCUCUAUGCUCUCUUUUGGGGGUUUCAGCCAUUCAUUAUCAACACUCUAUGUCGGAUGAUAUACUACAUUACCGGCUCCUUUUCAAGUGCUCCCGAAUUGUGCACACAAUGA